AAAUUAUUGUUAGCAAAGAACUUCUAACAACCAGAGUGAGAGAAAAAAUUUCCGAAGAAAGAAGAUUAGUAGGAAAAAUUAUCAGUCAAGUAAAAUCUGCCAAGAAAAAUCCGCAAACUCGGCUAAAUAUUGAUGAGCCCCAAUUACAAGCCCAUUUACAAGAAGAGAUGAAAAAAUGA